AUGAUACUGAAAUUAUCGACUGGUAUCUGGAAUGGACAUGUUGCUUCAUUGGAACCAGAAUUCUACUUGAAUUUAGCACCUCGCAUCUCUCAUAUUCAAAUCCCACGAUUCUACUAUGCAGCGCGAAGUGCUGACAAUCCAAAUGCAACUCUUCUUUUACUUGAAGAUCUCUCGAUGACUCACAAGGCAAUAGGUGAACGGCUACAAUUCGAUGAUAGAACUCUAUGUGUUCUUGUAGCGACAAUUGCUACUGUCCAUGCCGAAUUCUUCGAACAUCCAUUACUAUUGACCGAUGCGUUCGCAUGGCUGCCGCCAUUAAAUACGUUAGUGAGCUACUACCAACCGAAAUACACGCAACGAAUCAAUAGCGAACCGUAUCAACGUUUACUAGAAAGAAAUCUCUCGUCCAAAGCAGUAGCAUACGCCAAUGGACUUUCGACAUAUAUACCACAUCUUUUCCAAGCACUCAGUAGUGAACGAUUUAGUCUUGCUCACGGAGACUUCUGGAAAAACAAUAUACUAGUGCAAGAUGAUCAUCCGCAUCGUUUAGUACUGCUCGAUUGGCAAACCUGCUGUCGGGCGAACGGUUUAUUAGAUGUUGCAUACUUUCUCCGACUGCUUGGUAGUGAACGAGCUCGUUCACUUGAACGGCAGUUGCUUGAAAUUUAUCACCAGACUUUGAUAAAGUACGGAAUUUCACGAUACAGUCUAUCGGACAUUCGUAAAGAUUAUUAUUCACUUGCCCUUCCGUUCAUGUUUGUAUUUUUCGUCUGUUGGGAUGCUAACAGACGAGAUAAGAUGAGCCAAACAACAUUUAUUUUAGAAGAUAUUAUUAAUUACAACAAAAAACCACAAACGCAUGACACGUAUUUGUGA